AUGGUCGACAACUUCGAAGACGUGCCCGACUCGACGGACUGGCUCUCGACGCCUCUCCCAGGCCUCUCUGCCGUCGAGGCCGCCCUACGAUGCCAGGUCUGCAAGGACUUUUUCAAGACGCCCAUGCUCACGUCAUGUUGUCAUACCUUCUGCUCGCUAUGCAUCCGUCGUGCCCUCUCCAACGACGGCAAGUGCCCCCUGUGCCGUGCCUCGGACCAAGAGUUGAAGUUGAGGAGUAAUUGGGCCAUGGAGGAAAUCGUCGAGUCUUUUGUGAAGGCGAGGAAAACAACAUUGGAAUUCGCCAGGACAGCGGGGCGAUCUGCCGUGGGAGGAUCGUCGCCUAAGAGGAAGUUGGCCGAGGAGGAAUCUGCGGCGGGCGAGCAGCAACCAGACGCGAAACGACUCAGGAGUUCAGCGAGACUCAGCAAGACGCGGGCCGGACAGGCUGCGGCUACGGUAUAUCAAGAAGAAGACUUCGUCUCCGAGCACAGAGAAGACGAUGUAGAAGAUGAGGGAGACGACGCAACCUUCACUCCAGAAGACGGCCUCGUCCCCUGUCCAAUCUGUAACACCCGCAUGAAGGAAUCACAAGUCUUCCGCCACCUUGACACCUGCCCGGGAACCCAAACACAACCCUCUCGCGCCAGCUCAAGCCGAACACCGACCCCUCAGACCUCCGCCCCCGCCCGGGGCGCGCCGCGACAGACCCCGGCCCCCGAGCGCCUCCCGGCUAUAGCCUACUCCAUGCUCAAGGACGUCGCCCUCCGCAAGAGGAUGUCGGACCUCGGCCUCUCGACAAACGGCACGCGACAGCAGCUGGAGAAGCGUCAUAAGGAGUGGGUGACCCUCUGGAACGCCAACUGCGAUUCCGCGCGCCCUAAACGUCGUGCGGAGCUGCUGCAUGACCUCGACGUGUGGGAGCGCACGCAGGGUGCCAAAGCCCCUAUGUUCGCCGCGCGACCUGGGGCUGCGGUCAAGGACAAGGAGUUUGAUGGGGCGGCUUGGGCGGCGAAACACGAUACCUCGUUCAAGGACCUAAUUGCGAAUGCGCGCAAGAGCAGACGGCAGGCAAAACCGAAGACGGAGGAGGAGACGGGCGACGGGUCAAGAGAAGGCUCUGGGACCGUUGGGUCUGGAGCUAUCGAGGGGCCAGGAGUCGAGGUCGCUAUGGUCGACCUAACAGAGCCAUCGAUAGACAACACAGAGGCCCAGGUGCAGGAGAAGGAGAAUACGGCGCAUACAGAUGGAAUCCAGGGACAUCACGAUCCCAACUCGGUGGGGGAGGUUGAGAUGGUAGCGCAGCCGCAACCUCCUUCGGCGACUUACUACUUGCAGGACGGCUUUUCAGAGCAGAUACCCCCGGUGGAACUUGGCGCGGAAAAUAGUCAGGAAGCGAGGUGA